AUGUUUGAAGUCUUUAGUAAACACGGGGUUGUGGAAGAGGUGGUGAUCCCUCCGAAGCUGAAUAAGUUUGGGAAGAUAUUUGGUUUCGCGAGGUUCAUUGAGGUGGAAGAUUCGAGGAGGAGACGGGAAAGUGAGGUGGCCGGUUCGGGAGGGGUUAAAAAGAAUGAAGCUUCAAGGCUUUUGGGUGUUACUAAUAGAAAGAAGGUUUUUGAUAAAGGAACUUUAAUGGGCAACAUGUCUUUUGCUGAGGUGGUUGGUUCAAAGCGUGCUCAAUCUAGGGUCUUUAUACAACAUCCAAACUCAUUUCAAGAUGGAAGGGUAUUUCUCCAUCAAAGUCACACCUUUAAGAGCAAACUUGUGCCUCUUGGAAGAGACGGUAGAGGGAGAUAUAAGGGUCCUUAUCAGAGAAGGAUUAAAUUGACGGGGGACUCACAUGCUCCAAUGCGGAUAGCGGUGAGAAACGGGGAGUCUAAGAUGGAGUGGGCUUCUUCAUACUCUGAUAGUAGCAGGGAGGGAGAUAGUAUUGAUGAUAUUGAAGAUUGGUUGUCGGAAAAUUCUCCUCACAACUCGCCGGGAGGAAUCUGUGUUGUGGCGGAGACCGAGGAAGGUGAGAUUUUAGAGCAGGUAUCCGACGCUUUCUGGAAUAUAGAGAAAGGUGAUCAGAAAAGGUUGGGUAGGGCUAAAAGCAACAGUGGUCCUGUCACAUUCGAUGAAGUUUUGGAAGUUGCUAAAGUGACUAAAGCAGUUUCUGCAGUAGAUGGUAAGAUGCCAAAAAAGAAGGGGACGGUGGAUAUUUUGAAGAAGACCAAACCUGCUAAAUUUGAGGAGUUGAGUCUAGUAGCAGAGAAUCCUAGUCAUUCCUUCAAGUCAAGAGGAUAUGUGGUUUACCCGGAAUUUUCCAUACGUGACAUUUUAUCAGGAGGGUCGGUUUUAUGUUGUAGAUCAACUUCUAGUUCAGAUGUUUGUAAAGGAAACUUCAGAUUCUGGGUGGGAUGGGAAGGAAGAGAUUCUAAUGUUGGAGAUAGACUGUGGUGUGCCAUCAAUAAUCUAGGGAUAGUCCGUGUGGACAACAAUAAAGACGAUCUCAAGAAAAUCCAAUACAUGGAGGCUGCAGAUAAAGAAAAAUUUCUAGCUCAGAGCUUGUGGAGUAAAGAUAAAGUGGGAUGGUUCUCUGUUGCUUCGAUAGGCCGGUCAGGAGGGAUUUGCUUGAUUCAAGAAACAAAGCUAAAAGCGAUCGAUGAAUCAAUUGUUAGGAGCUUGUGGAGUAAAGAUAAAGUGGGAUGGUUCUCUGUUGCUUCGAUAGGCCGGUCAGGAGGGAUUUUCUUGAUUCAAGAAACAAAGCUAAAAGCGAUCGAUGAAUCAAUUGUUAGGAGCUUGUGGAGUAAAGAUAAAGUGGGAUGGUUCUCUGUUGCUUCGAUAGGCCGGUCAUGA